UUGAAGUUUAGCUCUCCUGCCACACAAUUUUUGACAGAACCACAUCUUACUGCGCAGGAAAUCUGGACCCGAUUCCCAAUUCUGCUUUCCUCUCUUUCUCCAUUUCCGGGAGAAUUCAAAGAAAACUGCUACCCAUUUUAUCGUUCUCCCCUCAUAUUUUGGUGGUGUGUUGAAAAUAUCUGACAAUCUUUAUCUUCAUGAUAAGCAGUGCGACGAAUUUAUAUCCACAUUCCUCUUACAACCAUUUCACGAACCUUACGACUUAACGUACACUAUAUCCAAUUGAUUGAUCAUACAUUCCUGAAAAUAGCCAUCAUUCUCAGUCCUUGAAACUUCUUCAACACAUUGAAAACAUUCCACGGCUGCGACUCCGACAGUUGCUCCGAAUAAACGGGGGACGGGAGUGGCAGACUCCAUUAUCGCAUUUGGUCAUUCGUUUCAAGUCAUAACAUAGUUUAAGAUGGCGGACAGAGGGUUUGGGGGUUUCUUGAGUAAGUUAUGCGACCUGUGCUUUAGUUGAAUUGACAGUGUGCUAACCUAAUUCAUAGGAGCGGUGCCAUUCUUAGGAUAUCAUCAUGUGUUGAUGAUAUUAAUCGCGAUUACCAUUAUACUACUUUGUAAGCGCUCCCCAACAUUCCAUUGAGAGAUAUUCAGCUAACAUUCUUUCAGCUCUUCUAUUGGCAGGAUGUUCAUCUUCAUCACCCAUGAUACCCGAUAUUUUCCUUAUUUCCCUCUACUAUCAAUCAUAUACACCAGUACCAUCGACCGCUCAAACCGACUACAAUGUACACACAGCAAUAUCUAAUAUUGUUGGGCAAGCGCAAUUGGCAGCAAGAGUUGGAUACUUUGGUAUCUGUAUCAGCCCAGAUGGAGGUGCAUGGUUAUGCAGUAACAAUGCAACCGCAUUAGCGAAUGAAGUGAGCGUUGAUCAGGAUCCUUUGAAUUUAAUUUGGCUUGCAAGUCAAUUCAAAGAUAUGAUUGUUUUCCCAUACCUAAUGUAAGUUGUCUUCUCUCCUUAACCGUUUCCAAGAACAAUACCUAAUAUGUUCAUAGUAUAAUUGCAAUCAUCUUCGCAUUUAUCUGUCUAUUACUUCUAGCGACAUUCCCCGGAUGGCAUGAAGAGGAGGACGCCCGCGGAAGUGAACGAGAAGUCAAACCUUUCCCAUCUCGACCCGUCUCUCAAAUCGCCCUAGCUAUCAUCUUCAUCGCUUCAAUCUUUGUUCUCGUCUCGGUACUCUGGCAACACACAGCUUCGGUAGCCGCCUCUAUCAUAGCCCAAGAUCUGGGGAAUGGUAGUGUACGAAGUGGCGUUGGUAGCACGGCCAUGGUACUGGGAUGGUUCUCUUUUGCUCUACUCAUUAUAGUAACGAUUGGUUUACUGGUCAUGAUAUUGAGUAUACGAGUCUUAUCCGAGACAUUCGGUUAAUACCUUUAGAACAAUCAUGGAUGGCGAGAAACGACAUAUAUAUUGAUAUCAAAGAAGUUGAUUGAUAAUUUUUUCGGAUUUAUUUGGCAAGGAUGUUGAUUUCAGCGUGCAUGAUGAAUACCACAGCGAGAAUAAAGUUGUUGGGAUUGAUAUAAUGAGACCUUUUUGGAAGGUGUCGUUUCAAAUAUCCCGGAGCCUUUUAUGUUUUUUUUUUACUUUGAUACGGAUAAAAGAAAUUACUCGAUACGAUUGUAUACAUGGGUAAUGCAUUUGGGUUGGAGUUUAGACUGGGCUUUGGUUUUGAUUUUGUGUGGUUUAUAUGGGAUUUCAUUCCCAGGUUGGAGACAUGGGCUCGAUGAGGAAUGUGUUUAUGUUAGGAUAGGAUGGGGUAUUAAUGAUGCAUGGCUGGUAGGGAGAAUGGGAUAGGAUGGUUGGGCGGCUCUACCUCACCUGGCUGAAUGGUGUUCACGAAUUGUAUGUAUGAAGUGUAUGAGGAGAGUAAAGGCACUAGUAUUGACUGGAACCUGGUAUUAUUAUGAGGAAAAGGAAGGAAGUGUUUAUGAAUACUGAAUCUGAAUAAAAAGAAUCUCCAAGA